AUUCAGCGGCUCUUUUUUCUUUCAAGGCGCGUGCAACUGGCAGUUGGCGGAUUGUGGUUAAUUUUGGAUUUUAGUAAUUACUGUAAUUAAUUGUUAUAAUAAUUAAGAUGGCUUUCGGUGAUGUCAAGACCCCACAAGGACUCAAGGAAUUAAAUAAUUUCCUGGCCGACAACAGCUACAUCAGCGGAUAUGAACCAAGCAAAGCCGACCUUUCUGUGUUCGAAGCCUUAGGCAAAGCUCCCACCGGUGAUUUGCCUCAUGUGCAACGUUGGUACAGACACAUUGCCUCCUUCGAUGCCUCCGAAAAAUCCACCUGGGGUGGUUCUGCUGUUCCACAAGCUGCCGGUGCUAAACCCACCGUGGCUGCUGCUGCCGCCGCCGACGAUGAUGACGAUGUCGAUCUCUUCGGUUCUGAUGAUGAAGAAGAGGACGCAGAAGCUGCCAAGAUCCGCGAAGAACGUGUUGCUGCCUACGCUGCCAAGAAAUCCAAAAAACCUGCCUUAAUCGCCAAAUCUUCCGUACUUUUGGAUGUUAAACCAUGGGAUGACGAAACCGACAUGAAAGAAAUGGAAAAACAUGUGCGCACAAUCGAGAUGGAUGGUCUGUUAUGGGGUGCCUCCAAAUUGGUUCCAGUCGGCUAUGGUAUUAAUAAGUUGCAAAUCAUGUGUGUCAUCGAAGAUGAUAAGGUUUCCAUUGAUUUAUUGACUGAAACGAUCCAAGAGUUCGAAGACUUUGUCCAAUCUGUUGAUAUUGCUGCCUUCAACAAGAUCUAAGGGUUUGCAAAAGAUCAUCUUAAAAUUUAAUUGUUAUUGAUGAUGCAGUUGGUCAUCCAUCAUUUGCAAUAAAGUUUGAGAUUAUUAUUUUUUUAUAUUAA